AUGCGAUGGCUCUUCUGGUCGUCCGGAUCGCAACAGGCGCCCAAUAACAACAAAGACAACAACAACAACAACAACAACAACAAUGACGACGAUGACGACAACAACAACAUCAUCAUCAUCAACAACAACAUCAACAGACGCCCACCACUUACCCUGGAAUGCCCAUCCCCAUCACAUCCCCCCUGCGCCAGCUGCUCUACCAAAGCUACCACUUUUCCCUCCAACCCCAAACGAGGCUGGAACACCUCCCUCACCGCCCGCGACUGGGCCGGCGAAUUCAAAGACCCGCGAAACCUAAUCCCCACCCUCCUUCUAACCGGCGGCAUCUUGUUCUGCGUGAGAAUCCACCGCCAAUACCUACGCCGCAUCCCACUCGCAACGAACAUCUCGCCAACCUAUUUUCAUAAACGCAGCUUGUUUGGACGCGUCACGAGUGUGGGCGAUGGGGAUAAUUUUCGCAUGUAUCAUACGCCCGGCGGCCGGUUGGCGGGGUGGGAAUGGUUGCCGUUUCGGAGGGUGCCAAGGGUGAAGAAGGAGUUGAAGGACCGGACUAUCCACAUCCGCCUCGCAGGCAUCGACGCCCCCGAACUCCCCCACUUCGGUCGCCCAGCCCAGCCCUACUCCCACGCCGCCCACACCUGGCUCACGAACUACCUCCUCAACAAACGCGUGCGCGCCUUUCCCUACCGCCAGGACCAAUACGGCCGAGUCGUCGCGACAGUCUACGUGCGGCGAUUCCCGUGGAUAUUCCUGCGGCGGGAUGUCGGAUUACAGAUGCUGCGAGCGGGGAUGGCGACGGUAUAUGAGGCCAAGAGUGGGGUGGAGUUUGGCGGCGAGGGGAAGGAGAGUAAGUACCGGAGGGCUGAGGAGAUGGCGAAGAGGAGGGGGAGGGGGUUGUGGAAAGGGUGGAAGGGGGCUGGGUGGGAGAGUCCGAGGGAGUAUAAGAAUAGGAUGGCGGGGGUGGAGGGGGAGAGGGCUGCUGCUGCUGCUGCUGCUGCUGGUGUUGGGGGAAUGGGAGAGUUGGGGGUGAAUGGGGGGAAGAAUUAG